AGUUGGCCUCCUCCUGUGUCUCUCCGCCUUUCUGUCCGUCUGUCUUGGCAAUUGCCAUCCCAUCUUGCUGCCUGUCUACCAGACGAUUAGGGUCAGGUCCCGCUACGUCCGAGUGGAUUUGUCAUUUUUGUCAGGGUGCGUAUUCUUUUCAGAUUGCAAGCGCCUCGUCCAAAGCGUGUUGGUUGAGCUCCACCCAUUUGCUGUUCUCGUAUCUGUCUGUCCAUCUGGCAUAGCUGUCUAGUCUAUGCUUGCCGGUCUGUCCGUCGGUCGGUCGGUCGGUCUGGCCAGCCCCGCUUGCCUAUCGAGGCGUGUCCCCGCUAAUCCCGCCCGCCCGCUCGCCCAUAUAAAAGGCAGCCGUCGUCGUGUCGGGCUCAUCUGCCGUCCUGUCCUCUGGCCCCCGGUCACGCGAGCAAACAAGCACAAAAGCGUCCGCGGCGGCGGAGAUGAAUCUGGAGACGCCCAAACCUGACGUCAAGUCGGCCACGCGGGUGAGCGGCGGCCCGGCCACCCCGCGCAAGGGUCCCCCCAAGUUCAAGCAGAGGCAGACGCGGCAGUUCAAGAGCAAGCCGCCCAAGAAGGGCGUUCAGGGCUUCGGCGACGAUAUCCCCGGGAUGGAGGGUUUGGGAACCGACAUCACGGUGAUCUGCCCGUGGGAGGCCUUCAAUCAUCUGGAGCUGCACGAGCUGGCCCAGUACGGAAUCAUCUGAGCUCAGCUGGAACUCGCCAACGCUGAGCUACAACAAACACAAGCCUCCCAAAAUACACACACACACACAGGAAAAAAAAAAAAAAAAAUCUAUUUUUUAUCGUUACCGGCAGCCGCUCGUGUUUAGAUGGCAUUUUGUGUCAGGCGCCCUGGCGUUGAGGCUCAAACGUCCUCCGUCCAGCUGUCGUCCGUCUGUCUUGGCUCACGGUCGACUCGCUCGACGUGUUGGCUUCUAUCUUUUUUUCACGCUUAAUUGACUUUGAAGUGACUUCAUUGCGCUUUCCUCAUCGUUGACGCGUUUGCAGUCGUUUCCUUGUAUGUGCUUUCACUUUGCUUGCUUUUCCUCGGCAGCAUUGCAAACAGGCACGUGCACUCAUAGGAGGCACUGCCUCACCUUGCCACCAGGGGCGGUAAAGGGCUCAACAUGGUUUCCUCAGCUGUCACCAUAAGUUGUUAAAAAAUGAAUCCUAUAAUAAAACAUCAUAUCUG